AACAAAGGGUUGGCUACUCCUACAGAAGCACCAACACAUCCAUUAUUCACAUAUAAUCAUUUAUUUAAAAAGAAACCAAGUUUACAACUUUCUAAUUCAGAUAGAUUAUUAUUUCAACCUUCAAGUUCAUACUCAUUUCCUAAUUUAUAUACUCCAUCACCAUUUUAUAAUCUAUUGCAAAUGGUUUCAACAUUUACUUUAUCUUAUUCGGAUUUAGAGCCAACAUCAUAUACUACAAGACAAUUUCUACCUACUAUCAGUGAAUUUUUAAAAUCAAUUGAUGAAAAUGAAAAUACUGUUGAUUAUUAUCAAGAACUAUCAAAUGAAGAGCUUAAAGAAUGUGGG